AUGUAUACGUCCUGUAUACAUGAGAGAUACUCUGAAGAAGCCCGGCGCGGCGGCGUCAAGCGCAUCUCCGGCCUCAUCUACGAGGAGACCCGCGGGGUGCUCAAGGUGUUCCUGGAGAACGUGAUCCGGGACGCCGUCACCUACACGGAGCACGCCAAGCGCAAGACGGUCACGGCCAUGGACGUGGUCUACGCGCUCAAGCGCCAGGGCCGCACCCUCUACGGCUUCGGGGGCUAAAAGCCUCGUCUUCGUUUGCUUUCCAAAGUUCUCCAAAGGCCCUUUUCAGGGCCGCCCACCCUUUCUUUAAAAGGGCUGUACGCGUCUUGUAUCCUGGUUUUGUUGGGUUAGUGGAGCUUUGACGUUGGUACUGACUUGCGCUUUUGUCGUAAACGUAAGCCUGACAGCACCGCGACCGCCGGAUGCUCGCUCAGCCAAUG